AUCCUUGUGGAGGCAUAUGCAGAGGUGUUAUCUCAGUCAAAAAGUCAAAGGACUGAAGCCAGGAACAUCUCGAGUCCAAGCCAUUUGCAAAUAUGCAGAGCCAGUACCAGACAGCGUCAAUGCACAGUUUUGGAAACUAAUACGUGACAUGCACCAUGAUGAUGUAGCAAAAGUUGUCCAAAGUGAGAAGUGCAUCUUGAAAUUUGGAGAACAUUUGUUCAACAAACAUGGUCAAGAUGUUACAAGACACGAAUACAUCCGACAGAAGAUGCGCGAAACCGCACGAGUUGUUCUGCAAGGGAAGAAAGAUGGCAAGUUGGAGACGCUCCCAGACUUCUUUGUGCCAGCUAACUUCCCUCAUGUUAUAGAUGCAGUUAAGAAAGUGGCUGGCUUGGAUGAAAGAACAAACGUCUUCAAAACGCCAUCUUUAGCACUCAAGUUGGGUCACAACCUCAAGAAAGUGGCAAAUGUUCUUGAAUGUGAGGCUAUGAUCUCAGGCGAUGAGAAUACCAUUCACAAUGUGCGAAUUUUCAAACAAAUCUGUGAGACCAGAUGGAGCGAGUGUGUCUCUUCCCAUGCUCUUAGGACUUUGAAUGAGGCUAAGUGGAAUGCUCCUCAGCUUAUUCCCUUUGCUGAAGACGUUAGGAAAAUGCACCAGUAUCUUGACACAAAAAGGAUGGAGUGCCAGAGGAACCUGAAGGAAGAAGCUGUAAAGAAGAACUGGGCUGAACUUGCCAAGAUCACGCUUUGUGAGGUGAUAAUAUUCAACCGGAGAAGAGAGGGAGAAGUAUCCAAGAUGCCACUGAACGCUUUCACCUUGAGAGAUACCUCUGUCACCCAUCCAGAUGUGGAGCUUGCUUUGUCAGAACUUGAAAAGAAGCUGUGUAAACACUUCCAGCGAAUUGAGAUAAAAGGCAAACGUGGCCGAAAGGUUCCCAUUCUCCUAACUCCUAAUAUGGCAUCAUCAAUGGAGUUGCUUGUCCAAAAUCGCCGCAAUUGCGACGUGUUGGAUGAGAAUCCAUACAUGUUCGGGAGACCACAGACUCUCAAUCACUUCAGAGGAUCGGAUAUUAUUCGUGAGAUGGCUCAAAACUGUGGAGCAAAACACCCUGGAGCAUUGUCCUCAACCAAACUGAGGAAGCACAUGGCCACCAUGUCAAAGGUACUUAACCUAAAGGACAAUGAAAUGGACGACCUAGCUGACUUCCUUGGCCAUGACAUUAGAGUUCAUCGUCAGUAUUAUAGAUUGCCUGAAGGGACAUUACAGUUGGCAAAAAUCAGUAAAGUGUUGCUGGCACUAGAAAGAGGACAGCUCUCCCACUUCAAAGGAAGAAAUCUGGAUGAAAUCAGCAUUGAUCCACAAGAGAAAAUGUCUGUGGACAGUGGAUCAGACACUGAAGAAGAGGUUGACUCAGCUGAGAGGGAUGCUGAUACUUCAUCUUCCAGAUCACCAGAUGUGGAUGGCAACAAAAAAGUAGAAAAUGGUCAAUUUGGGGUGACCAGGAGAUGCACCACUGAAGUUGGACAAAGCAAUGAUCUGCCCUCAGCAAAAGAGAGGUCAGAUGACGAGGUACUGGCAGACAUGGAAGUCUCUGGCAACUCCAACACGACUAACGGCCCACCACAAAAGAAGAGACUGAAGUGGAACCAAGAAGAAAUCCAGGCAGUGGAGAAAACACUCAUGGACUGUAUUGACUCUGGAAAGGUUCCUGGGAAAGCCCAGUGUAUGAAGUGCAUUGAAACCUCACCAGUAGCCCUCAAGGACAGGACAUGGCAAGGGAUUAAAUUCUAUGUGAAAAAUCGCAUAGAUGCAUUAAAACGAGAGACUUUCAAAAGAAGGUAAGCGUUGACCUUUUUGUUACUGUGAAAGAAAACGGAUCAUUUGUUAGUGCCAUUACCACGCCGAUUCUGUUUGGAGUUUCUGCCGGUUUUGAAGUUUUGAGACAGCUGCAGUCAAGUUUUGUAAUGCAAGUAUGUAUGCAUACUGUAUGUUCAUGUUUAUGGAUACAUAUCAAUGAAUACAUUUCAUUUUAGUACAUGCAUGUUGGAUUGUAUGUAUAUUUUUUGCAACAAGAUACUGGAAGUUAUGCAAUAAAAUGGUUCACAUAGAACCAGAAAAUGUAGUCCAUUAUUGAUGGUUGGCAUUAAGCAUGUUACCAGGUACUUAAAAAUAACAUUAAACAAAAACAAAUCUGAUAUAACACAGUUUAUUGACUUAAAAGAACUAGGAUUGCUCAUAUUUGACAAACUGUGUUCCCAAAAAUUACACAGUGCCACCUGGUGGUAGUUGGUGAUGGACAUGUCCCCACAUGGAGCCAAAAACCUGACAGAUUUUUGAUUUUCUAAAUUUGAUUAAUUUUUAUGUUAAAGAUUAUAUUUCAUGUUCCAAUAUCCCUAAAAAAAAUCCAAACCUAAAACCAAGCCUUUAGCUCAUUUAGAAAGUUGGGUCCCCACGUGUAACCACCUAGUCACUCGCCAAAACAAGUCCUCACGUUUCGGGAAAUACAAGUAUGUGUGUGUGUGUGUGUGUGAAACAAGCAGAGAAGUACGUUCAGAAGAGGACUGAAAAACAAGGAGAUUGUUCACUGUGUCUGCCAGGUGGGGACAGAUUUUUGUCUAUCGAAUGGAUCAUUGUCAUUCAUUAAAGGCUCGUUAAGACCUUUCCUGUGGGGAAAUAGCUGUUAGCUAAGUAGUACAUUUGUCAGAACCACAUCACAUGCUUAUUUUAGCCUGCAUCAAAACAACUUGAAGGCAUAUAGAACAUACAUUAAGGGAAAAGAAAAGAAAGAAGCUCUUAAUUUCCUCGCUAGUAUUUAAA